AUGAUCGGAGCGCUGGCACCCGCGGUUCCUUCAACACCGGCCUUGGCAGGCAGAGCCGAAGGCGGGUCUUUUCCGGCGCUGAGGGCUCGCAGGGCGGACUCUGCCUGCUGGCGCCUGGCGGUUCUUGGGGUGGUCGCCAGGGCUGCCAAGGCCAAGAGUGGCAAAGCCGCCAAGCCUGGCCUGGAGAAGGAGAUCUCGCGGCUGGGGGUGGCAAGUCGCAGGCACCUCACCCGCCUAAUCCGCGGCGGGCGGGUCACCGUGGAAGGGCAGGUGGUGCGGAACCCCAAGGAGGAGGUUGCUUUGGAAGCGGAGCUGGCCAUUGAUGCCAUACCGCUGCACAGGGACCCCCCUGCGCUUUUGAAGUUCCACAAGCCAUACGACGUGAUCUCCUCCAUGGACGAAAAGAACCGCACGGACCUGUCGGACGCUCUGCCCGGGCAGCACGCGCCCUGGGACCAGGAAGCCGUCGAAGAGGCCAGAGUGGCGUUGGGCGGCCGGGUGAAACCGCAGGAGGUGAAGGAGAUGUUAGCGGAGCAGGGCAUGAGGCCCUGGGUCGCCCUGGGCCAGUACCAUCCAGUGGGCCGCCUGGACCGCGACACCACAGGUUUGCUGCUCUUCAGCCGCGACGGCGUGCGGGGCCCUCGAGGGCGUUCGGGCCUGCAGGAAGAUUGGAGCCAUGGAAAGAGGGGUGCGGAGAAGAGGCCAAUCUGA